GCAAGACGCCUCUGGGCGGCGAGUGGCCGUGCUCGGGGACGUGGCGAGCGCCGUGUCGCGUUUUGCGCCGACUGUCGCGGUGACAGCGGGCUGUCUCGUGCUCCCCCGCCACCGCCGCCUCGUCUCAGCAGCGAGCCGCCAGCGUCGCCGGGUGACCGUCGCCAUGGAGGAGUCGCGGCGCAGGAGGAUCCCCAUGCUGCGUACGGGCAUGCCCCGCUCCAUCUCCGAGGACUUGGUCGAUGACAGCCAGUCGGAGGACGAACAGCCGCUGUACGAGGACAACCGGCCGGCCGUGUACACCUUCGUCGAGUGGAAGCACGUGAUUGACACCAAGAGCUGCGGCCCGCUGACGGUCUACGUCCAGGGCGAUGUCUCGCUGCAGGACAGGAAGGCUGUGUUUCUCACAGUGCACGACCUUGGAUGUAACCACACGUCCUUCCAUGACUUUGUGGAGCACCCCGUGAUGAAAGAUAUCAAGGAGAGGUCAAUCUUCAUCCACGUGGACCUGCCGGGACAGGAGGAUGACGCCCCCGACCUGCCCGAUGAUUUCCGGUACCCGACCAUGCAGCAGCUGGGCGAAGAGCUAGUGCAGGUGCUGGACACGCUGCAGGUCAAGAUGGUGAUCGGCCUGGCGGAGGGCGCCGGCGCGAACAUCCUGACCCGCUUCGGGCUGGCAUACCCGGACCGUGUUCUGGGCCUCCUUCUGGUCCACUGCACCUCCACCAAGGCUGGCAUCAUGGAGUACUUCAACGACAAGUUCAUGAACUGGAAGCUGAGCUCGAUCGGCCACCACCCAAGCGCCGAGCAGUACCUGGUGUUCCACCGAUUCGGCAGCACCCUGGAGGAGCAACUUGAUGGCGACAUGGAUCCAUCCACAAGAGAGAAGCUCAUCAAGGACUUUCAGCAGCGGCUGAAAAGCAAAAUCAAUGCCAAGAACCUCCAGCGUUUUGUUCAGUGUUUCCUUGAUCGGACGGACCUCUCGGCGCUGGUCGGCGACCUAAAGAUGGACACGCUCCUCGUGACGGGGGCUAAGGCAUCUCACCCACACACCGUGCACACCAUGCACGCCCAUAUGAACAAGGCCAAGUCAUCCCUGAUCAAGCUGGACGACGUAGGGGACGUGCUGAUCGAGGCGCCGGAGAAGUUUGCCAACACCCUGCUGCUGUUCUGCAAGGGGCUGGGCGUGCUGACGGCGGUGAACCCGCGCACCCGCACCCUCUCCAACAGCAGCGGAGGCGCCGGCGCCACCGGCAGAAACCGCUCCAUGAGCAUGGAGGACUACGACCGGCCUAACGCGCGCCGGCUCUCCGUCACCAAGUCGUAAAUGAUGCGCCGGCCGAGCCGCCGGAGAUGACCCCGAGGAGGCCGCCACGGAGGGGGGGGGGGGAGCGAGUGAGAGGAGGGCGGCACGGUGGCGGCCGCGGCGCGCGCCGCUGCCGCCGUCACCUGUAGAUACGCCGGAGGGCCCAGCCGGGCCCAGCCGACUGUAGAUACGGCGCAGGAGCCGCCAGCCGGCGGCGCCGCGGGCGCCGGCCCGCCGCGACGUCCCUCGCCCUCCUGCGACUCUUGCUAGGUUAAGGGUGGCCAGUGGCCGGGCUCCAGUAGUGCCGUCGGUAGGCUUGGGGCGCCCGGCGCGCGCGGCGUGGCGCCGGUGGGCGCGCGGUCGGCCGCCGGUCACGGCCAGCCCGCCCCGCUCCGUCUCGACCGGCCCACAGCUCAAAGCGUACAAUCGAGGCGUGGGUGUGUGCGGCGUCGCCCCGGCGCCACCGGCUACGCCGCGGCCGCGCGGGCCCGCAGAAAUACACCGCAGCCCCUCA